AUGGAAGAGAAGAGGGUCCUGGUUCUCUGUAGAGGCAUGGUUGCGGGACCCUGCAUCGACUACCUACUUCGCUACGAAGGCAACCGAGUUACCGUGGUCCGGCUCGUACGCGGACGGCCCCGAGUGACGGCCAUACCCUUGGACGUGGCAGACCCCGACCUCGACUGCCAGAUCGCAGCCCACAACCUUGUCAUCUCACUGGUUCCGUUCAUGUACCAUGUAGACAUUGUUCGCUCCGCCAUAAAGGGAAAGACCAACGUCGUCAUAAGCGGGCACAUCUCCCCUGCUGUAAAGAGCCUCGAGGCGGAAGUGAAGAAGGCUGGGAUUGCUGUCUUGUACGAGAUCGGUGUGGAUUCCGGGAUAGAUCAGCUUUACGCUUCCAGGCAUGUUGCAAGAAUCCAUGCUAUGGGAGGGAAGGUAUGCCAACUUGCAGUUGAUUCUCCCUUUGCUACCAGCUGUACUGAUCACAAUGUUAGAAUCCAGAAGGUUCAGCAAAACCCAUGCAGCCCUGUCUCUUCCAAGUGGAACAAGUUUCCAUGGCCAUCACCAGCCUCGAUUCUGUCUCGCGGGAUUCUCACUGGCUCCGAACCCGAUGAGGAGGAGCUUUACAUCUGCAGCGACUACUUCAAGGAUCCAAUCCAGCAAGACAGUGGGACGGAUGGGUACGCGUUCCUAUCAUAUCCCAAGCAACACUCGGAGUUCUUCCGCGAAGCCUAUGCCAUCCGCGGGGCCCACACCGUCAGCCUAGGACCCCGCUGGUUCUCGGAGAAUCCUGCUGUGGUCAAGGCCCUGGGCAAACUUGGUUGGCUUGACACUGAGUCGAAAGACUGGCUAAAGGACGGGAUGACGUGGGCCGAGAUUCAGCAGGCCGUAACAGGGGCGACUUCUUCCGCUAAGGAGGAUCUCAUCAACAGGGUCAAGAAGCUCUGUUCGCCGCUGUCAGGCCCCAAGGAGAUGGAAACAGUCAUUUACGGCUUGCGCUGGAUGGGGUUGUUCUCUCACGAGGUUGCUAUGGUGAAGGGAAAUUUACUUGACACGUUGUCGGCUCAGAUCGAUAAACGUUGCAACCCUGUGCCAGGAACGUUCGUCCUCCAGCAUGAGUUUGUUGUACAAUGGGUUGACGGAUCGAAGGACACCGUGACUUUCGCUUUGCAGUUUGAAGGCCAGUCUACUGGGUAUACGGCCCUGGCAAAGUCUGUGGGCAUUCCGUGUGGCAUCGCAUCCCAGCUCGUGCUCGGCCAGUAUCUGCCCGUCUGUUUGCAGGGAAUCAGAGCCCCUUACACCCAGAAACAAUUUGCUUCUGUUCGAGCCAUGUUGGAGGCAGAGGACAUUAAGCUUGCGGUGUUGCUUCUGGCUCAGAGCAGCACUCUGUCCAACGUCGAGUCGUCCGCCACCACUGAUGAGCCAGGUGACUCAGUGAGAUGGUAG